AUGAUAGACGUUGUGGUAAAACGACUGGAUAACAAUCUUCAACAAGAUUACAUACAGUCUAAAAUCGAUUAUAAGGAUUCAGUUAUCAAAAAGAAAAUAUGCACAACUUGUCAUACUGAACAUCAUUUCAAAAAACGGAAAUGUCAACAAUGUAAAAUAACUUUGAUUGAUAAAGCCAUAACUAACAGACCACCGCCAAAUCCAGGUUCAAUUCACGCAACCAUUAGUUUAGGAAAUACAUUUCAAAAUAUCCCACAGUGUCAUCCUAGUGAAAAACGUCUCGUUAUCAUAGGUGAACCGUACACCCUCAAUCCAUCCUCUACCGAAAAUAUAACAACAAUUUUACGUGAUUUGAAAGAACGAUGUUUGACUUCUACAAAUAACGAUGGUAUACCGCGUAAAUGGAUGAGUGUUACGGCUGAUGCAUGUCCAUAUUGUUUAACUUGGAAGAUUUUUAAUGAAACGUUUGUUUGUUAUGAUUGUAAUGCGAGAUACUCAUCGUAUUCUGAUUUAUCCUUACAUUAUCACAAUGGUCAUCCAGAAUCGAUGAUAAAUAAGAAUCGUUUCCACUAUGCCGAAUUUAAUUCGUUGAUAUUUCGACCAGGACUGGGUCAUAUCGAAAUGAAUGCUUGUAAAUCAUUCAUGAAUUUCAUCUGGAACAUUUUUGGGGCCGAAUUAAGUAGUUGUCUCAAUUUUAAAUCGGAAAAAGUGAAAAAAUGUUUAAUGCCAAAAGAAUUACUUCAGUUUUUCGAACAGAAUGAUACGUUUAGUACAAGUGGUAACAGCAAACAAGGUGAAGGCCUGGAUUUUGUAUUACAAAAUUUUAAUAAAAAAAUUAAACAUCUAACACCACAUGGAUUACUAGAUAAUGAAACCUGGAUAAGGGUUAACAGAACUUUUGAUGAACUUCACAAAGCAAGUUAA